AUGGGAGGCAUGCCGAAGCAGCUCUACAGCCAUCAACAACCGCAUCCAACACAUCCGUCCUGGAACCGUGAACGGCGCUCCCAUACACGAAUCCCACACGCCGGUGGACAAGCUAAUGAGGGUCAUCAAGGCCGUGGUAGGAAGUGGAACUGGUUCAAGAAUCGCCGAGCAAAGGAGAUGCGGAUGAGGAAAAAUGCCGAGUUUGAGGCACAGCAGGGCAGAGAGCGAGCCGCUUCCGAGUCCAAGUCAUCUAAAGGUGUGUCCAGUGGGACGUUCGGAGAAGACGACGAGGAGGUUAGGGCGGAAAGCGACAGUCCCGUGUCGUCUACUUCCGAGUCUGCUGAGCAUGAGGCCGCCAAAUCCAGCGAGACUCCAGAGACUGAUGCAGAUUGCUUUGUUCAAGUACAACGCGAGGCAUCGCCUUCGAUAUCUAUAGGCCCCUCGGGCCCUCGUUCGCCCUUUGCCAUGGACCUGACCAAAGAGGCGCUCCUCCAGAGUCCGCAGGGUGCCCAGGCCCCGAGGAUGCCGUCGAUGAACAGUGCCACAGGCUCCUUGAGUCAGGAUGGCGGCCAUGGCCUAGGAGAGAAUAGUCUCGGUGCGAAUUCUCCAGAGGAGGAGCAGUGCUACCCUUAUGGCUCUUUGGGAUCGGUAGGCGGGUUAAAAGAAGCGCCCGAGAUGACCAACCUCACUCACGGAGCCCAGCUGCCGCCCAAGCAAAUUUGCUUUAUCAACUACCAAGGACAACUACCCUUCGACCUGAGGCGCAUUCAACAGCGGAGGCACACUCAAGCAGCGCACGUCUGUCUCGGGUACGACGAAAGGAAGAGGAAGAGGAACGACAACGGUUCGGGCGGAUUGGUGGUACCGAGGGUGCAAUGCGGGACACCGGCAAUCACCAACAUUGGUUCCAGUGACACUACCUCUCCAUCUACCGUCGCCGAAGACCGCCUUUUCAGAGACCCCGGUAGCACCCCGGCAUCCGGCCUCUCCAACUGGGGGGGCAACACUGGCUUCAUAGCACUUACGGAAGACCAACUCCAAGUUGACUGGCCCUUCGACUUGGACCGCGGAGCCCAUACUAUGCCGCCACUCCACGGGCUACCGAAGGUGACAGCAGAUAUAACGGUACACCACCCGGUCGAUGGCUCGAGCAACUUCGCGACGCCGGGAAUGGAAUGCGAGGAAGAUCUAGAGGGGUUUGCUCUUGGCAUCGGAAUGCUCUACGGUUAUUGA